UAUAAAUGGGUGAUUUAACUAUUUUAAAAAGAAAAUUUGAAAGUUUGAGUAUUGUUGAUGAAGAGGCACCAUCAAUUUAAAAAAAGAAUUUCAUUCAAGAUGGAGACUUAUACAUUUUGGGCAAAAAAAUCUCAUCAAUUAAUUUGGUUACACCUCUAUAGCACAUCAUAAAUAAGCCCGACAUAGUUUCAACUUGUUUGGCAUUGAUGACAAAAGAUAAAUACAAUCCUUUCCUUUAUAUUGAUAGACCAAUUAAAAAAGCUAAUGAUGAGUAAUAAUGAC